AUGCCCAAUAAGCGCGGCACCGGCCUGAUGAUGGUCUGGUGCGAAGUUCCCGCCGAUGUCGAGGAAGAGUUCAACCAGUGGUACAACACGGAGCACCUGCAGGAGCUCCUGUCCGUGCCGGGCGUGCUGAACGCCGCCAGGUAUGAGGCCACCAGCAGCGGCCCCAAGCAUCUGGCGAUGUACGAACUGGAAUCGGCGGACGUGGUCAACACCGACGCGUUCAAGAACCGGCCGCCGACGCCGUGGGGCCAGAAGGUCGGCCCGCGCGCGGUGGCGACGACGGUCAUCAACAACGUGUAUCAGAUGAUCCACCCCACCGACCUGAGCGACGCGCUGGCCAACGCCGACAUGUCUCCCGCGCUGCAGAUCGGGAGGAUGGACGUACCCGCGGAGAGCGACGCCGAGUGGAACAACUGGUACUCGACCGUCUACGUGCCGAACUACGAGAAGGUUCCCGGCUGCAUCCGCGGUCGCCGGUGGAAGUCGGUACGCGGUGAGCCGUCGUAUGCCACGGUCUACGAGUUUGAGAACCCGGAGGUGUCUUCCACUGCCCCUUGGCUGGAGCAACGGGAAGCCCACCCGGACAACGUCCGGAUGCGGGACGUGAUGACCCACGCGGCGGGUUCCCCCGGGAUUUGGCGUAAGACCGUCCAGUUGUAG